AUGGCGACCUCAGCCAAUGCCAGAACCACGAGUUUUGCAGCUCGACAUCUCCUCCUGGCCUACGUCGCCGGCAUCCUCUCCGUCUUGCUCCUCUCUCCGUCCCUCUCUCUGCGCACACAUCUUUUAGAAUAUCCUCUAUCUACGCAGCCCCAAGAGCAUCGUCCCGGAGAGACUCAGGCGCACGAAUACCCGCCCCCAUCUCCCACCAACGCCUUCCCAUCCCUCUUCCCCACCGAUGUCGGAUAUGCGGGUCCCACCCCCACCGGCGCAGAGCCUGCCGUCAUUGCCACCGCGCCGGCGAACCCCAUCCACACCGGUGCGCCCCAUCUCCUCCCCCCGCUCGCCCUCAAGAACGCCUCGGGCUUCGACCUCUUCACCCACCUCGGCAACCUCUCUCCUUGGUUCACCGUCAAGCCCGGCACUUUUGGCGUCGACGCCGGCCCCGAGCCCCCUCAAGGCUGCCGCAUCACCGGCCUCCACCUCCUCCAUCGCCAUGGCGCGCGUUAUCCGACGGCCUCGUCCACUGCGUACGGGGGACCCGCCGCGUUCGCCGCUCGUCUGCACGACUCCCCCUUCGACUGGCGUGCAUCUGGUCCGUUGAAGUUCCUCAAUGACUGGUCCUACAAGCUCGGAGCGGAGAUCUUGACCCCCUUCGGUCGCCAACAGCUUUUCGACCUGGGCGUGUCGAUGCGAAUGAAGUAUGGAUUCCUACUCAAGAACUUCACCGACACCGACACCCUUCCCGUCUUCCGCACCGAGUCUCAAGAUCGCAUGCUCUCCUCUGCUCUCAACUUUGCCCUCGGCUUUUUCGGCCCCAAGCUCGAUGGCCAAUACCAGCAGCUUAUCACCAUCGAGGCUGCUGGCUUCAACAAUACCCUCGCACCCUCCAAGACUUGCCCUAACGCCCGCAAUCCCACUCGCGGCGAUCGCGCUGUGCCAUUCGUCCGGGAGUGGGCUGAGACGUACCUGCAGGGCGCGUUCCUGCGCUUGUCCCCCAUGCUGAAGGGAUUCCCAUUGACGAUCGAAGACGUCUACACCAUGCAGCAGCUCUGCGCGUACGAGACCAUCUCGAUCGGCUACUCCAAGUUCUGCGAAGUUUUCACCGAGGACGAGUGGAGGGGUUUCGACUACUCCGUCGACCUCUACUUCUGGCACAUCUCCGGCUUCGGUUCCCCAGUGGCCCGCGCACAAGGCAUCGGAUAUAUCCAAGAGCUUCUCGCUCGCCUCACACAUACCCCGAUACCCUUCCACAACUCGACCACGAACGCUACGAUCACGGAUAACCCGGCUACCUUCCCGCUCGGCCAAAGUCUCUACGUAGACGCCACUCACGACACCGUCAUUCUGAACGUCAUCACCGCCCUCAACCUCUCCAACUUCGCCGCCAACGGGCCCCUUCCCACGGACCACAUCCCGCCCCACCGCGCGUUCAAGACGUCGCACCUCGCGCCCUUCGCCAGCAACCUGCAGUUCCAACUGCUCUCGUGCGCCUCGAAGCCGGACCCCCAGAUCCGCGUGGUCAUCAACGACGGCGUCGCGCCGCUCUCGAGCGUGCGCGGCUGCGCGGACGACGGCGCGACGGGCAUGUGCGCGCUCCCGGCGUUCGUCGCCGCGCAGCGCGAGACGGUCGCGCGCACGGACUGGGCGUGGGCGUGCCUGGGCGAGUGGGAGGUGGCCCCGGGGCACGGGUGGAACACGACGACGGGCGAGCCUCCUGCGCGACGCGCGGAUGCGCGUGCUUAG